AUGAUUUGGAUUAUUUUAAUGUUUGCCCAAUUUGAGUUACUCUGUUGUCAGAGUGAUGGAAGAUUAUUCAGCAGAGCAUACAGCUACCUACCUGUUAGUGGAAAGAAGAGUGCAGUGUGUUUUGACGAGAGGAUGGCGAUGGUGGCAAAAAUUGUGGCUCCUUCAUUGUCAGGGUGCAUCAGCAAAUGUUUGGUAUACAAAUCAACGACUUCUUUUGACAUGUUUUAUCAGAUUGCUAACAACCAAAACUUGCUGGGUGUCAACUACAAGACAUCGGAGAAAUCUUGCUCCUGUGUUCCAAAACUGAAAGACAUCUGGUUCAAUGUGACGACCAAUUUGAGUGGAGGAUGUGUGGCUUAUGUGACGCACGAUUGUCCGAAGCCAUUUGAUUUCGUGGUUGAGAACCAGAAAUGCUACCUGAUGAUCACAAAGUUACAGUCGUGGAUGAACGCUAGAAGUGCUUGCAACAAUUUGCAUUCGCACUCGUUGGCUGUUGAGGAUUCUAUGGAAAAUGUUUCUUCCAAGCUUUACGCUCUCUCUGUUACUGAAGGCCUAACAUCCUGCCAAUUUUCUAACUUCAGUGGGCUUAUGAUCUGGUCAUCGGGCAUACAGUACAACAAAUCUUCGAAAGCCGCACCAUUUUAUUGGGAAAAGUUUCCAGGAGUUCUCACAAAAUUUAAUUACUCGUCGUGGAAUACUAAACAACCAGACGGUGCCCUGGGGUCGACAAGUUGCAUGCAGGUUAUCAUGGUUCAUGUUGAUGGUUGGGACGAUUGUGGCUGCAGUUCUAAGAGGUGCGUCCUAUGCGAAAUUGAUCUGUAG